CCAAAGCCAGCGACAGAGUAUCCAGAGUAGCCAGAGCAGACAGCAGCCAGCAGUCAGCGUCAGCGCCAGCGUCCAACUGAACGGACUGAGGUUCCGUUUUGUAUCGUUCGCAUUCGCAUUCGCAUUCGAAUCAAGUUUGGCACUCCACACAUUCCACAUUCAUUCGCCAUUCAUUCGACAUUCGCGCGCCCGCUUCUGGUUAUUUUUAUAGUCGGUCGAGCGAACUAGACUUGUGCUCGGGACCGUUGCCGCAAGCGUACCCCGCAGUCGUCUCUCUGUCGGUUCAGCUGCCUUUUGUUUGUUUGUUAUUGUUGCCUUUGUUUAUUGGUGCGUGUCUUUAGUUUGCGCUCGUUUGCUUUGAGCCGUUUUUUCGUAACUGAAGAGCGGGGCGGAGAACAGGAGUGCGACGAGGGCAUAAUUAAAUUAAAAUUUACUCACAAGACACUCACACACACACAAACACACACCCACACACACACGGCAGAGGCAACUAAUCACAUUACCAGCCAUCAGGCGUUGACAUCGACGGCGGCAGUCGACCAGCAACGGAACCAGAAGACAUUCACAGUCUGUGUUGCAUAGUUUUUGGCGCGCGACAUACACACGACCUCUUAACGAAAAUUGAAAACUUUCCAUUUCGGACAUCCUAAGUUCAGGUCUACUUCCCGAGCGAAGCGAUCAAAUUAUAAACUCUUCUGUCUGGGGUGGUAUGUGGAUAAAUUUUAGCCGCCAUGGAUCCCAGUGCUCUACAAAACAUGGAUCGGGACGCAUUAAAGAAGCAAAUCGAGAAUAUGAAAUAUCAGGCCUCCAUGGAGCGCUGGCCGUUAUCUAAAAGCAUUGCUGAAAUGCGCUCGUUUAUUGAGGAGAACGAGAAGAAUGAUCCAUUGAUUAAUGCUCCGGAUAAAAAGAACAAUCCGUGGGCUGAAAAGGGCAAAUGUAUCAUCAUGUAA